AAUCGUGAUCGAGCUCACUCUCCCCUUCUUCUUCUUCUUCUUCUUCUUCAAAAUUUCCCGAUCCUCUCCUCUGUUUUUCCACCACCGCUACACUCUACAUCUCACUCCAGCUCAAAAAUGCUGUAGAGAGAGAAAUAAGAGAGAGAGAAGACAGAGUUCUUGGGCAAUCCUCUGCUUCUACUUCUUCUUCUUCUUCUUCUUCUGGUGGCUGGGUUUUGGAGCUUUGCUUUCCAUUUGCGAGGCUCCGUGUUUGAAUUGGGGUUUGUUUUCUUUUCGUUUUUGAUGGGUUCGGAGAGGGAAGGAGGAUCGAAAAUAGAGAAAGAUCCAGGGGAAACAGGGGAAGGAAAUGGGAGUUUGAACAGAGUCGGUCUUGUUUCCGAUAUGGAACGUCCUCUGCUUCUGCCUUCGCAUCUGAAACUUUCUACUUUUAAUGAUCGUUUGAGCUCCUAAAAGUUUCUUUCUGUGUGUACGCUUCGAACGAACAAGUAAAGAAAUUUGAAGGUUUUACAGGGUUGUUUAAUUUGAAGGAGGAUCUCAUCCAAAUUUAGUUUCUUCGGUCAUGAAGAGACAUGGCAGCUCAGAUUCCUUGGGCGCUCUGAUGUCCGUCUGCCCUACUUCAGAGGAACAGAGUCCGAGAAACAACCAUGUGUACGGCAGGGAGUUUCAGUCGAUGUUACUGGAGGGCUUAGACGAGGAAGGCUCCAUCGAAGAACACUGUCAUGUGGGGGAGAAGAAAAGGAGGCUAAGCGUAGAUCAAGUGAAGGCCUUGGAGAAGACAUUCGAGAUCGAAAACAAGCUUGAACCAGAGAGGAAAGUGAAGCUCGCUCAAGAACUGGGCCUUCAGCCGAGGCAAGUUGCCGUUUGGUUCCAGAACCGCCGAGCCCGAUGGAAAACCAAGCAACUUGAGAGAGAUUAUGGCCUUCUCAAAGCCAAUUACGAAACUCUCAAACGUAGUUUCGAUACCCUUCAGCAAGACAAUGAUGCUCUGCACAAAGAGAUUAAGGAACUGAAAUCGAAGCUCGAGGAAGAGAAGACGGAGAGCAAUUUGUCAGUUAAGGAAGAGAUGUUCGUGUCGGAAUCGGACAAUUUACUAAUUGAACAGACCAAUAAUCAUCUUGCGAUGGAUCAUAUUUCUCUUCCGGUUGCUUCCGAUCAUUCCGAUGAGUUCAAUUACGAGGGCUUCAAAGCCGCCGCCGUGGCCGACGACGGCAACGAUCAGAGAGUUGAAGUGUCGUUGUUCCCUGAUUUUAAAGAUGGGUCAUCGGACAGCGACUCGAGCGCCAUAUUGAACGAAGACAACAGCCCAAACGGUGUCGUAUCUUCAGCUGGUGGGAUGCUCCAAAGCCACCCGCAAUUUCUGUCGUCUCCGUCGUCGUCUCUGAACUGCUUCCCGUUUCAGAAAGGUUAUAACAAUAGUAACAAUGCACAACAAUUUGUGAAAAUUGAAGAGCACAAUUUCUUCAGCGGAGAAGAGACCUGCAAUCUGUUCUCCGACGAGCAAGCCCCGUCUAUGCCCUGGUACUGCCCCGAUCAGUGGAACUAAAAAUAAUUCCGAUCACCGGAGUAUAAUCUAGUCUUGGGAUUUGUGCAUUGUGCAGAAUAAAGAGAGAAAAGACCGGUGGGGAUUGGUGGGGGAGGGAGCAGCUGCCGGCUCCGGCAAAAGGAAAAAAAACGUUGGAGAGAGAGAGAGAGAGAGAGAGAGAGAGAGAGAGAGAGAGAUUCACGUGGUUUUUACUGAGGAUUGAUGAAUAGUGAAUCGUCAUUGGAGUGAAGCUGUAAAAAAAAGAAAACUUCAGAUUUCUCCAUUGUUGGGUGAUUAGAAGAACAAAUGUUGUAAUGAACAAAUAAUAAUUCCCUUUCAUGCCUUAA